UACUGGAGCGUAGUUCCUUCCGAAGUGUCGUCCUGCUCGUUGGCGGUGUCCCCCCGCGACUAAGCGGGCCUUGAAGCGGCUGUCGGCCUUGAUCUUGAACACGAAGCGUGUGUCGAAGAUGUCCUCAUCCUUUGGUACCAGGCUGAUGCGUACUUUCUUAAAGACUUUGUGCUUGGCGAGAUUACCCAUCUCGGUGUCGAUAGCGCUCUUCCACUGCUCGCGUUGUGGUGAGUUCAUGGCUUCGGUGUACGUGCUCGGAGUUUUGAUCUCUUGGUGUGUCUCCCCCAAGAACCCUUUGCUCGAGGUGCCCAUGGCGUAAGCAUACGCCCGGACUUCGGCGAAGGGGUCUUCAUCCAGGUGAGCAAAAUCCGCCGCGUCAGUAGGGCAUCGUUGCUGCGCUUGGUGGGUGAGAUCGAGUAGUUGAUCCUCGGUGAGCUCCAGUGGGUCGGGGUGGCUGACAGCCAUGGUAGAGCGGCCUCUGUUCUUCAUGUUCACUUCCAGAGAUUUCGGGAUGCAUGAAGGGUCGAUAGGGUCAUCUGUGGGUUGGUGAGUGCGCGUGGCAGGACGGGUCACCGUUAAUCGACGCAUUGGGAUGGGGGCUGGCGAAGCGGAGUCCGUGUCUGUUGGCGUCGUGGGUGAUUCGAGUGUCGUGUCCUGCGAUGUCCUGGAUGGUGUCGUAGUCCGCGGGUUGUUGUUGCUGUCAGCUCCCCCAGCAGCAAAGUAGUUGUCAGAAUCCGUGCCCGCGUUGUUUUGGCGAACUUCUGCUCGGUCGAUGUUGUCUUGCUGCAUGUUGCGCAUCUCGUGCAGCAGGAGCUCUGAUUGUGUUCCGUAGUCCACUUUGUUGUCUUCGUCGCCCGUAGAGGUACGGCGUCCGAGCAAUGACGUGAAGUUCAUCACGUCCUGUUCAUAUCCGAGACGGUCGUCCCACCGGUGAGGGGGGAUGGUGUUGGGUGGAGUCUCGAUGAAAGUCACGUUCCGGCUCUCGUAGACCUUGUCUUUGCCCUCCACGUAGAUCCGGUACGUCUUGCUAUCAGGUCCAGCUUGCCUUCAAAGGCCCGAUCGUCUAGCUUCUUCUUGUAUCGCUCGUGAUGAACGAAUGCGCGGGCGCCGAUGGCACGAAGUCGAGAAAGGUCCGGGGUUGUGUUGUACAUCUUGGAAUACGGCGUGGCUCCCCCUACCGCCGCGUGUGGGGUCCUGUUGGUCAGGUAAGCUGCAGUCAUCAUGAGCUCCCCCCAUAUGUGUUUUGGGAAGUCUCCAUCGCGCAGUAGAGCUCAAGUCACAGCCGCAAGUGUCUGGCCAUCCCUUUCUGACAAUCCGAUUUCUUGGGGCGUGUUGGUCGCGGCGGAUUCCAGCUUGAUCGCAGACUCCCUACAGUAGUUGCGCAUUUCUUCCCCAGUGUUCUCUCCGCCUUUGUCACAACGUAGAACCUCGAUGCGGUAGCCUUCAGAUGCUACUUGCAUGUUGUAGGCGUGCAGAGCUUGCGUGGUUUCGGUCCUGUCGCGCAGUAGGUACACUUCCCGCAUUCUGGUGAAGACGUCGGUCGCUUUGGGUACAUAGGAGUAGGUGCGUCCGUUGUACUUCGCAGGCGGGUCGAUUGGUCCCAUGUUGUCGAACUGGACGAGUUGGCCUGGUUUGGUCAGUACACGGCUGGUCUUGUCCGGGGCGGCAGCCUUCUUGUGCUUCGUGAUGUGGCGGUUGUCGCACGGGGAUACAGGUCCGUCAUAUUUCACACCUGUGGCGGGAUUGCGCCGCAAAAUCUCCAUAGCACGUGGAUUGAUGUGGCCGAGGCGCCGGUGCCAGAGGUCGGCGCUCACGCUCAUCGCCACUGAGCAUGUCGCGUGCGGAGUGUGAUCGAUCUGUACCGCUUCUGGUUUUCCGAACUUCGGCUUGCGCCCUGGUUCUUGGUUGUUCGGGGGUGUCUUGCUUGUCGACGCUGGAUCGCCCUUGAAUGUGAUGGCGAGGGUGCACAUGCCUUGGUCUUGAGUCUCUUGUUUCAGAGGAACGACGACUUCUCCGCCAAUGGUGAGGUGUGGGGUCUUGUCUUCCAGGACACAUCGGAGGCCCUCCUUGAGAAGGGCCGUUGGUGCGAAGAUGUUCCGGCCUAGUCCUGGCACGAUGAGACCUUGUAGUUUGACGGGUAGUUGCUGUUCUUUGUCGUCUUCGAUGGUGCAGUGUAGGAUCCCAGUGGUAGUGCCUCGUAGUUGGCUUUCUCCUGCAACGUCGAUGAUCUUGGGCGUCGGGCGUUCUUCUUCGAGACGUCCAUUCGGGAUGAGGCGGUCGUCGAACAUGGUUUCAGAAGCUCCAGAAUCCACCAGCGCGGAAGUCCCAGUUGCAGUUGUCGUGAAAGUGCGUCCGCUUCCCUUGCUGCAUGUAGCAUGGUACAUGAAUCCACCCUUGAAUGCAUCUUCGUCGUAAGAGAAGUCGAUCUCUGCCUUCUCGGUCUUCUCUGUUUCUUUGGGAAUUUCUGUUGUGGUAGGCUUGGCUUGUAUGUCUCUUGACUGGGUUGAGCAGUGCACGCAGUGUGUGCAUGCAGAAAAGGCCUUGCCCGUGCGUUCUGGUCGCUUGGCUCCUUGGUUGUAACACUCUUCGUCGGAGUGUGUAGUGGUGUUAUGGACGGAGCACCAUUUGGUUGCUCCCGCAGGCUUCGUCUUCUUUGCAAUAUGGCUUUCCCGCUGGCGAUUGGGACAGUUCCUCCUGACAUGUCCCGGUUCGUUGCACUCGAAGCAGAUGGGGCCAGAUGUCUUGGUAGCCAUGGCGAAUCCGCGGCCAGCGAUUUGGCCCUUGGUUCUCUUGCGCAUUUGCUCGUCAAGGAAGAUGUUGCGCAUGGUGGCUUGCAUCUGUUGUACGUCGAAUGAUGGGUCGCGGAAAACCAUCAUCUUGAUGUCCUUGUAGUCCUCGGAGAAACCUUGCACACAGAUAUGUCCUUGAAGCGGCGAUCGGAGAUGGUUUCCCCCAUUUUCUCUAGUUGAGAGCGGAGGCGGUGUUUCUUGUUGAAAAAAUCGUCCGGGUUCUCUCCUGGCUCCAUGACCGUCCUUUCCAGGUCGUCCAGUUUAGCCCUGAUCACUUCAUCUGUCACUCGAUUGUAGUUGGCCUUCAGUUCCGCGAAUGCUGCCUGCCCGUCGCCGCUAAGGCUGGUGUCGUCUUCGUGCUUGUGUACGGCUGGUGCAGCCGGCAGUUCGACGAGGCAGAAUAGGAUUACGUAGAGGUCUUCGUUGGCUCUCUCGUAUGCGGCGAAGGUGGUGUCCGAGGGAUCAGGCCUGCGCAUUCCCUUGAGAAGUGGCAUGAUGUCCCUCCGAGUAACGCCGACGACUACACCCAAUUUCUUCAUCCAGUCGUUGAAGUCCUCUGGUUUCGUUCCAUCGAACUUGGGGAGUCCUCUGAUGACGUUGGCCAGGUUUGUGGAUCCAUCACUCCAGAUGCUGCCUCCGCCUCCAGUUCCCAAUGUUGCUUCCAUUUCUGGUUUUGUCCUGAUGAUCUCGUCUUGAGUAUUUUUGUUGGUGUAUUACUCAGCUAUCUGUCGCUGAGAUUUUUCCAGCCCCGCUCCUUCUAUUGAUUUAGAGGACUCCGGUUGCCGAUUCGUGAGCCCGCUUCCGAAACCCUCUUCUCACUUAGAUAGAGAAGUGAUGAAUAGAACUCCGGUUGUAGGCCAAUUUGCGACCCCGCUCCUGAUACCCUUUCCUCACUUAGGGAAUCGGUGAAUAGGACUACGGUUCCCGGUCGACUUUCGCUGUUGAUACAGUCUUCCCUCCUGUCUCCGCCGCAGAAGUAUUUGCUCGAUGUCUAAAUUGAGGCUUCCCGCGAAACACUUUGCUGCUUGUUCACCACAGAGGUACCCACUACUGCUGUUGCAACAGUGGUAACGUGUGUG